ACGUGAGUGUACGUGUCCUUCGACAACUCGUGUUUUGUGUUUUGUGAUUCGGUUUGAUAAACACCUGUUGGCUUCGGUUUUGAACAUUUUAAAUAUAAAUCAAACCCAUCAUAAUUUAACCUAGGACAUCCCCAAACUGUAACCACACAUCAGUGUUGAUGCGGUGCAAAUUCGAAGCUGUGGGAUUCGACGCCGUGGGAUUCGACGCAAUACCACGAUGACUGUCAAGACGCUUUACGCGGGAGUUUUGCCCGACUCUGCAGUAAUACCAACCCAUGAUUCCGCAGAAUGUCGAGUGUACACGAGGCGAUGGUUUAUACUGGCUCUAUUCGUCGUGUACUCAAUGUCCAACGCGAUGCAGUGGAUCGAGUACUCCAUCAUCGCCAAUGUGGUACAGAAGUACUACGAUGUGCCCAGCUCCUACGUCAACUGGACAUCGAUGAUCUACAUGAUCACCUACAUACCCUUCGUCUUCCCGGCGUCCUGGCUGAUUGACAAGUUGGGUAUUCGUGUGGCAGUCACUCUUGGAGCUCUGGGGACCUGCGCAGGAGCAUGGAUCAAGGUGUUUUCCGUAGCCCCGGACCGCUUCCUGGUCACGUUCCUUGGUCAAACCGUGGUCGCCAUCUCCCAGAUCUUCGUCCUCAGUAUGCCCGCACCUCUGGCCGCUACCUGGUUCGGCCCCGAUGAAGUCUCCUCAGCAUGUUCUAUCGGGGUCUUUGGAAACCAGCUUGGAGUGGCCCUAGGCUUUGUGAUUCCACCGAUGAUUGUGAAGAACAGCGAAGACUUGGAUGUGAUUGGGUCCGGUCUUUCCUUACUCUUCUAUGGAGUGGCUAUUCUCACGUCAGUUCUUCUAGUCCUCAUUUUAUUCUUUUUCCAGAGUUCACCGAAGUUGCCGCCCAGUCCGGCACAGGCUGUACAACGCAGCGCAGCGUCCAUACCCUUCCUAACCUCUAUCAAACACCUGGUUACUAACACCGGGUACAUGCUACUGCUAGUGUCAUACGGCAUCAAUGUAGGGGUGUUCUACGCCAUAUCUACCCUGCUCAAUCAGAUCGUACUGGCUUACUUUCCGGGCAAAGAAGAAGACGUUGGCAGGAUUGGUCUGAUGAUCGUAGUGGCUGGAAUGUUGGGCUCCGUUUGUUGUGGAGUUGUACUUGACAAGACACACAAAUUCAAGGAGACGACACUUGCUGUUUAUUUCUUCUCGUUGGUUGGCAUGGUGAUCUACACCUUCACACUGAACUGUGGAUAUAUCGCUGUAGUCUACGUAACUGCUGCAGUGCUCGGAUUCUUCAUGACAGGAUACUUGCCGGUUGGUUUUGAGCUGGGAGCCGAGUUAACCUAUCCGGAGCCUGAAGGCACAUCCGCAGGACUUCUCAACGCGGGAGCUCAAGUCUUUGGCAUCCUGUUUACAAUUGGGUCCUCGUAUGUGCUGGAGUUGAUCGGCGACUUGUGGGCCAACGCAGUACUGUGCUGCUGUCUGGUAAUAGGUACAGGACUUACGGCACUCAUCCGCUCCGAUCUGAGACGCCAGGCGGCGCACGCCAAGAACACUCAGCAGCCACCAACGCCAUAAGUAGGCUUACAUUCCACUGUCUCUAGUUAUGUUCUUGUAACUGCAUUUCACUCUGUAAGAUAAUUAUUUUUCCAAAAUACAAUCACAAUGGUACUAUUUAGUGGCUAAAGAACAAUACUAAUGGAAAAUAUCCGCACAAAGACUGUUCAUAUGCUUGUAGAGAGUCUUCACUGUCGCUCUCACUACUCAACACAAAAAACACUUGUGUUUGAUGGAAUAAUAAAUUUACCUUAACGUAAAUAAGACAAAAAUUUUACAAUUCCACUGAUUAACGUAAAAAGAUAUCUGAGUAAGGGAAGGCUAAUUUGUUAUAGAAUAGGUUAAGAAAAGUUAAAAUUGGAUUAGGGUGCCAGUAGGUACUGAAGACGUUUAAACAGAGAACGUUUAAUUAUAAGAGAUAAAAAUACCCCCGCCGCAGCAAACCUGCAGACUAAGCGAAUUUCAACUCGUCUGAUUACAUUUUUACUAAAAUAUUUCCAUAAAUAAGACAUAUUAUUCCCUAUUUAAAUAACAUUAGAUUUAACGAGUGCUUAGGUUUGCUGCUUUGGGGAAGGUAAAAAGUGUUUUUUGACCAUACGUCAAUAGUAUAGGAUGAAAUAAAUAAAUUUGCCAAAUUUUAUCAAUAUAUACCCAUAAACAAGUAAACUACAACAAUUUUCAUUUUCUCCAAAAGAAUAACAUGGGAAUUUUUAAUUACACUAUUUUUGAAUUUUCUCCAUGACCGUUAGGCAUACAACAGCGCUUCAAUAUACUAAAUUAUUUCUUUUUUUAAGCUCUACAAAACGGUUUAGAAAUA